AUGGACAUUCCGCUGCGCCUUCGGCUGGCCUACGCCGACUCCGUCGGUGAGAUCUACUGCGACAGAAGACUUGUGAGAUGCGACGCCCAGUCUCCCUCUCGCGGCUCGCCGUACACCGGCAAAGGCGCUGAGCGCGACGGGCGGCACUGGCUGAGCGCGCUGGUGGCGUCGGUCGGGUCGAACCAGUCCGGGGAAGCCUUGUUGCAUGCCAACCCAGAGGCCAACGCCACCUUCCUCUCUCCACGUGUCGUCACAGCGGUCAUGGAAACGAGAGCACCGCCAUCGUUGCCCAAUACAGAUCCGCAGCUGCAACGCGUCUCUGAAAAGAGGGAACCCAUCGACCUGUCAGCGGUCCCAUCCUUGCCGCCGUGUGACGAUAUCGGUGAAGGUCCUCAGCCCCCGCAUACAGAAAAGUUAGUCGACGAGACGCAGCCAGAAUCGCCGCGCACGCCAUCCGACUCCUUCAGCAGGACUGCCCCAUCGCCCCCUGCCACCGCUCUCGAGCCUCACGCACCCGAAGCGACAAGGGUGGAAUCCGCGGUGCAGGCAAACGUAGAUGUUGGGGUGGAAGCCGACGCUGCGGCACGCGCGCGCGAGGUGCGUGUCAGCGAGGAACUGGCCGGCACGCACGAGGUGUUGCUUGCCGACGUCACAGCCGCGCUCGAGCGGCGCCUGCGCGAGUGCGUGUUGAAGACAGUCGCCCUCGACGACGCACAGCAGCAGCUUAUCUGCGCCUUCCAGCUUCCGUCGUUCACAUCUCCUGCAUCCUCCUCUCGCCCUCCCCAUCCUUUGCCUUUGACGCCGCUGGCCGCGGCGGCUUUGCGCGCAAGUGCUGCACCACCACCCCGUGCCCAGUUGACGAAGCAAGCGGCACCCGCACGAGCCGAUGUCUCCACAUGCAUGGCAACUGAGCAAGACGCAGUCAGUGGCAACGUGGCGGAUGCGCCCACCGAGGCACCUGCGGCAAGGGCUGCCGCCGCUGAGGUCGCUGCACCUCUGCCUUGGCUUUCGGCGAACCGGACGGACGCCUCUCUCUCCGAAGACGCAAAGAAGGAAAUAGCGCUGCACCUUUACACCCUGAGCCGCCAAGUGCGACAGCUGCGUGACCAGCUGGAGGCACACGAGUCAGCCCACUACCGUCACGUGACGGCACUUCGAGCAGCCCAGAGGCAGCGACAAGGACAGUUGCCGCUGCCUCCUCGAGCUGAGAUUGUCAAAGGGUACGAGGACGACCCCGUGCCGUACCGCAAGGGGCCUUGGAGGGAAGCCGAUUUCUCUGCCGCACGGCGCGGCAGGCCGGGUCGCAGCGCAGGCGGAACGAAAGAGGAUGCCGCCGGUGACGAGAGUUACGCCUCUGACAACUUCACGGAGGUCACCUCGGCUGCGUUGUCUGUGGUGAGCACCGACGACGGGCGAGCAAGCGACGGUGCGCGUGGCAAUGACGGAAGUAGCAGCAGUGUCAGCAGCACCGAGGAGCUUUUCCGACAACGGCAGGCCGCUGCGCUGAGGGCGCGAAACCAGCAAGCGGGGGCACGCAGCGCCGCAGCGAACACGGCAUCUUCGUCGCGCAAUCGCGUAAGCGACAGCAGCACCGACUACUCUAGCUCUGUGACGAGCACGAGCAGCUCCUCCAGACUCACCACCACAACCACAACUUCGACAGGCAACGACUCGGACAGCGGCUAG